AUGAGUCCAGGCCGACUGGCCGACACUUCAGUCAUCUCUGCCAACCACCAACAUGCACGAGAAAAGGUUGAGGACUAUCAAAUCGAGGCUGUGGUGAAGAAGUUCAGCGAGGUCAACACCAACACCUUGUCCCACGAUGCCCUGACCUGGAAGUCCAAAGCCGUCCGCCGCCUUGCUCUCGUCAUCUUUAUCCAGGGCCUUAGUGUUGCUGCAUUUGCCAUCGAUGGCAACAUCAUUGGCAGCAUGCCGUCCCUUCCCGCCUUUAGAGACUACUUUGGAGUAGAUACGAGUGGUUCUCGCAUCGCCAUCGUCAUCGCCGCCAUGUCCAUUGGCAACGCCGUCGCCAGCCUGUUCCAGUGGGUGUCCGAUAUUAUUGGCCGUCGAGGCACUGCCUUCGUCGGCAACUGCAUCCUGAUUGUCGGAUGCAUCUUGCAAGCUGCCGCUCCUAACCACGCUACUUUGGUAGUUGGUCGCCUCAUCAGCGGUGCCGGUUGCUCCUUGAGUGCCACUGUCGGUCCACUGUAUAUGAGUGAGGUCGCUCCAUCGGCCUAUCGUGGUCUGGCUGUGGGCCUGUAUUGUUCGCUCUAUAGCAUCGGUGCAAUCGUCAUUGCGGUUGUGCUGCUUGGCGGCUCUUAUAUGUCUGGAGACUGGAGCUGGCGUAUGCCCAUGAUCUUCCAGAUAGGUCCUCCGCUCAUCGUCGCAGCUCUCAUCUACCCUCUGACUCCAGAAUCUCCCCGUUACCUAGUCUACAAAGGCCAGAUCGAGAAAGCUAAGCAAGUAAUUGCCCUGUAUCACACCUCGAGCGAGUCUCUCGACGACCCCAUUGUUGCAGCCACGGUGAAGCAGAUCCAGGACUCCCUCGAGACGGUUGAUACGAGACCUUGGGAUUUCACUGAGCUUUUCAAGACCAGGAGCGCAAGAUACAGAUUAUUCAUCAUCUUUAUUUAUUCAUUUUAUCAGCAGUGCAACGGCACAGGCAUGCUGAACUACUAUCUUCCCCGCGUCCUUGAGCUUGUGGGUAUCACAAACACUCAGCAUCAGCUUGCUGUGAAUGUCGGCAUGACUGUAGUCUCUUGGAUUUCGACUGUUGCUGGUGCCACAAUCAUCGAUCGCGUUACUCGUCGAUUUCUCCUGCUCUCUACGUUGGGGGUCUUCAUCUUCUUCCUGGCGCUCAUGUCUGUGGCCGGUGGCCUUUUCGAGAAUGGGAUAAAACAGACUGCCAUGGGUAUAUGGUCAAUUACCCUUGUCUAUCUUUUCCAAGUGUCCAAUGGACUUCUCGCGGCCACCCUUCACAACAUCUAUCCAAAUGAAGUCCUCUCGCUCAGUCAGCGAGCGAAGGGUAUGGGGAUGUACUCUUUUUUCCAAAACCUCUUCGGUUUCGUCAUGACAUACGGCGUUGGUGAGCUUUUGCAGAAGAUUACUUGGAAGAUCUACUUCAUGUUCAUUGGAAUGAAUACCAUCUGCUUUAUCCUUACCUGGCGAUUCUUCCCUGAGUUCCGAUUCCUCACCCUCGAAGAGAUCGACUACAUUUUCGAAACCCCUGAGGUUCAGCCUGUCAAGAUGUCGAAGACGCUUCAAAAGACCAGACUUCAACAGAGACGCGAGGAAAGAGAACGACAGGAGAAUUCGGCUUGA